AUGUCCCAACUCCAAUCAUUUCGGCUCAUUUCGGCCUUUCCCACAAGCCAAAGCUCAGAAGUCGGAACCCUUAGCAGCGGCUGUGAAUCGGAGCACAGGCGGAGAGACGGAGUAUCCGAGCAUAGACGGAUAGACGGGGAGACGGAGCUUUCGAGCACAGUCGGUGAGACGGAGCUUCUGAAGCGCUGCGAGACUGCGUCGACCGAGCCCAGAGCGCUAAUCCCCAUGUUCGUUCAGCUGUCCGGACACCACCGGUCACCCUAAAUCGCCUUCUCCGGUGAAUCUUGUCCCGUGGUAAAAACCGAAGACGACGACGACGAUGAUGCUGUUGCAGGUGGCGAGAGGCCGUCUCUACUCUCAGUCUUCUUCCCUCAUUAACCGCCGCUGCGGAGGAGCGGCUGUCUCCUACUCUUUAGCCCAACCUCGUUCCACACCCCAGCCUCGUACCACGCCCCAGCCGCAACCGCCUUCCUUACUGAUGGAGGGUUUCCAUUUGAUGGGAAAACUCCAUUACAUAAUUUAUUACAGGGAGUUGUAUAAUCCGUUGUUUUUGGAUGGCGCUGCCAAAGCUUUAAAAGCUCUUCAUCUGGAGGAUUGGAGAGAAACCAUUUUUAGCUCCCCCUUCUCUCAUGCAUAUGCCGUGGGUGCUCCCAACAAUGAAGAUGAAGGGUGCUUCUCAAUAAUACGAUAUUUUCGUAAUCACCUCGCGCACAAUAAGUGCGAAGAGUCUAGAGAAGGAGCAUAUGAGAGUUUUUUGAUGGCAUUCGGAGACAUCGCAGCCGGAUUCAAAAAGAUCCUGUUGCGUAUGGUUCAGAGGGACAUGAGGCUCUCAUGGAGGGAAAAACGGGCUAUCCGUCGAUGCUUGGAUUUGUCAACCCAAGUGUUUCAAGAUGAAGAGGUUGCUGGGUUUCUUGUUGAAAAAUUUUUGAUACGGCGGGCUUUGAAGAUGGACCGGUUGUCAAGUGGAGAACAAGCCAAGGUGUGCCAACAAUUAAAGAUCGGGAGGCUUCCAAUUGAGAAGGUGAAGAAGACUAGGACAACAUGAUGCAAAGUCAGGAAAUUAAUUGCAGAGAUUAAGCUAACCGGAAGUCACUUAUCAAUGAGCUGAUUUAAUUUCCCCUCCUUAAUUCUCGACAUUGUUGACCUCUUAUUGGAGCAAUUGAGACGCUAAAAAAAACAAUGUUUGGGAGAAUCUGGAGGAAUUGGACUCUCUGGUCACUCCCAAGUUUCCUAACAAAAAUCAAAUUGAUUGAUCCUUACUCCCAAGUCUCCCAGAUCAAUCAAAUUGAUUAAUCUUCACUCCCAAGUCUCCCAGGAAAUGAUUGAUUGUUUAAACUGGGUACUUCAGCAGCUGUUAUUCUCUCUAUCUUUUGACAAAUAUGAUGUUCUCCUUCACUUCACUUCUUUCUUCCUUGUGUAAAAAUCAAAAAACCACUUAAACAGUGUGACUAUCGUAUCAAGUAUGGAA